AUGCCGACAUCUGAGACGCGGAACGAAACUAAACCCUUGGUGAUCUCCAACUCACACGACACCUGUAUAGUGAGUCGUGUGACGCCGAACCCUUACUUGCAUCGUGCCAGCGCUGGUUGCCUCGCCUUCUCCAGGUUGCCAUCGACCAGAACUAGUUUCAUGGGUGCUCGUCGACUGACCCAUGCCUCUCCACGACGCCCGACCGUGAACCCGUGCAUCCCCGACCCCAAACGACCCCCUUGACCGACCUGAUCGCGUAUUCUCCCUUCAACAACAGGUGUAUCCUCUCACACUAUGAUUCCGCGGCGGGAAGAGAUGGUGGAGCCGUCACCAACAACGCCGCUCAGUCCUCGCGUUAGCGACGUUUCGGAUGAGAGCCAGUACAUGCGCGACAACGACUUCCUCGAGAGUCCGAUAGGGUCGCCGGCGAGCGUGGUCAGCGUGUGGAGUGAGGGCAAAAGACAGCCUAGGAAUGGGAAGCUGAGGCAUGCCAUUGGGAUUGCGUUACUGCUUGCGACAGUCUUUCUUUGGACGGCUAGUAACUUCCUUGCGAGCACAAUCUUCGCAGACAACUCGUAUUCUAAACCCUACUUCGUAACCUACGUGAACACAUCGUUCUUCAUCCUCAUGCUUUUUCCUAUGCUCGUACAUCACCUCUGGGCCGACCGCGCAAACACCAUCUACCAACAACCACUCGCUGCGCAACUGCGUGACCUCCUUCAACGUCGGGCCGGGAAAUGGAAGCUACUCCGUGACCACGAGUCUGGCUCCUCGUCCAUAUCCUCCAAGGCGAGGAAUGACGAGGCGGCCGAGGUACUAUUGGGAGACAGCACGCACGAUUCGGAAGAACUAGGAAGAGACAUGAGCGGCGAUGGGGAUGACGGAUUAACCCUAAAAGAGACGGCGACAAUAGCCCUUGAGUUCUGCAUACUCUGGUUUCUCGCAAACUACUUCUCCGCCGCGUGUCUGCAGUACACUACCGUAGCGUCCUCGACCAUCCUAUCGUCCACAUCCUCCAUCUGGACACUACUACUAGGCUCCAUAUUACGCGUCGAGCGCUUCACAAUCCGCAAGUUUAUCGGCGUCUGCGCAUGCCUCGGCGGCGUGGCCCUCAUUUCUACAAUCGACAUGUCAGGCGAUACGGACGAGAACCGCGGUUCGUUUCCCCAUAAGACGCCGCGCGAACUGGCUAUCGGCGAUGUCAUGGCCUUCGUCAGCGCUGUGCUGUAUGGAUUCUACACCGUCUUCAUGAAGAAGCGCAUCGGCGAUGAAUCGCGUGUGAACAUGCCUCUCUUCUUCGGGCUCGUCGGUCUCGCGAAUGUCCUACUGCUAUGGCCCGGAUUCAUCAUUCUGCAUUUCACGGGCAUCGAGACGUUUGAGCUCCCACCCACCAGCCGCAUUUUGGUCAUCAUCCUCGUCAAUAGCGCGUCAAGCCUGCUCUCGGACUUCUGCUGGGCAUAUGCCAUGUUGUUGACUAGCCCAUUGAUAGUUACAGUGGGUUUGACGAUGACGAUUCCGCUGAGUUUGGUGGGCCAGAUGGUGCUGGAUGCGCAGUAUGCGUCGGCGCUGUACUGGUUGGGUGCUGCGAUCAUGGUCCUGAGCUUCUUGUUUAUUAAUCAUGAGGAUCGCAAGGAUGAAGAGGACGGCCUGCAAGGGGCGGACCCUAUCCUGGACAUGCGGACAAGCUUUCAAAGCGUACGGCAAAGUCUGAGUCGGAGAAACUCGAGGGCAAGUGCUUGAGUUGUGUGCAGUGUUUUUUGAUACGGGCGUUUUGCAUAGGAUACCUUGGGCUUGCAUGACAUGGAGUUUGAAUGGCUCGAGUGCGUUGAUACAAGUAGUUUCACAUAGAUAUUAUCACAUAUUCUUCAUCAUUGAAUAUAGUCUCUGUAU